UUUUGAUAUAAGGAGCGUUGUGUGAGGUGUAGUCCUGGAUUGCUGAGAUGUGCGUGUGUGUAAGCGUGUGAGUGGGUGCUGGAUUGCUCUGGUUCAGGCCUAGCUGUGCGUGUGUGUAUGCGUUGGUAGCUGUGAGGUUUUUGUCGCAGCUCAGCUUGUCUCUUAUACGACACUGUGUGUGUGUGUGUGUGCUUGUCGUUCCUGGUUUCUGACUGCCCUGUGUGUGUGUGUGUGCGUGUGUGUGUAUCAGGAUGCUCAUGCCUCGCGAUGCAGGCCGCGACGAGGCUCAGAAGCUGCACAGGAAAUGGAUGAAGCACCAGGCCUUCAUGGCUGAGCUCGCACACAACAAGGAAUGGCUCGCCAAGAUUGAACAGGAGGGAGAGGAGCUGAUCCAGGAGCAGCCGGAGCUCCGGCCGGUCGUCCAGCAGAAGCUGAAGGAGAUGAGGGAAUGCUGGACCCACUUGGAGAGCACCACCAAGGCCAAGGCUCGGCAGCUCUUCGAGACGCAGAACCACCGCACCGCGGACGUCCCGCAGGGCCUGUCUGAACUGGACCAGCACCUCAAUGUCCUCCAUGAGCAGCCUCCUCCACUCGGGACGGCAACAAACACCUCACACAUCACAUCCACCACCCUGCUGCCCCCACGGGCCACCUUCAGCCAGCAGCUCCAGAGGAUACAGUCAAUGGAGGCUCAGAUGCAGCUCUAUCAGGGCGUAGGUGAACUGAGGAGUGGAGCUGAUAUCGGCAGGCUGAGUGAUAUGGGGGUGGCUGACCAGCUGCAUCGCGGGCCAAUAGGAGUCGAGGGUGAGGACCAAGGGGGCGUGGCUGAGACACGCAUCGUGCGCCUGAUCGAGCCGCUGAAAGAAAGGAGGCGGAUCCUUCUGGCCUCCAAAGAAAUGCAUCAAGUUACGCAGGACCUGGAGGACGAGAUCGUGUGGAUUCAGGAGCGAUUGCCUUUGGCCUCCUCUAAGGAAUAUGGGACCAACCUUCAGAGCGUUCAGCAUCUGGUUAAAAACCAUGAGGCUCUGCAGAUGGAGCUGCAGGCCCGGAGGGCACGGCUGGAGGAGGUGCUGGAGCGGGCGGAGGCCGUCGCUGCCCUCCGCACUCCGGAGGUGGAGCUGGUGAGGGAGGGGGCGGUGCACGUGAGGCAGCUGUGGGAGGUGCUUCAGGUGGAGACGGAGCGGCGCACCGUGAUGCUGGACGCUGUAAGCCACUCCCAGCAGUACUACACCGAGGCAGCGAAGGCAGAGUCGUGGCUGAGCGACCAGAAACUUCACGUUCUCAACGAGGAAAACGGCAAUGAUGAAGCGAGCACUCUGAGGUUGCUGAAGGAGCAGCUGGCUUUAGAGCAGAAAGUAGAGAAUUACGCAGAGACAGUAGGCUUCCUCUCUCAGCAGUGCCGCCGCAUGCUGGAGCUGGGACAUCCCGACAGUGAGCAGAUCACUAAGCAGCAGGCUCAUAUCGACCGGCUGUACGUGUCUCUGAAGGACCUGGUGGAGCAGAGGAAGACUAAGCUGGAGCAGCAGUACUGGCUCUAUCAGCUGAAGAGGGAGGUGGAGGCUCUGGAGAAGUGGAUCUCAGAGCGAGAGGCUGUGGCCAGCUCCACGGAGCUCGGACAGGACCUGGAGCAUGUCACGGCUCUUCAGGAGAAGUUCACGGCGUUCCGGGCGGAGACGAGCUCUGUGGGUCAGAGGCAGAUGGACUCGGUCAAUAAGAUGGUGAACGAGAUGAUUGACUGCGGCCACGUGGACGCCGCCACCAUCGCCGAGUGGAAGGACGGCCUGAACGAGUCGUGGGCUGACCUGCAGGAGCUGAUGGAGACCAGAGCGCAGAUGCUGGCUGCCUCCCACCAGCUUCACAAGUUCUUCACCAACUGCCAAGAGGUGUUGGUGCAGAUUGAGGGGAAGAUGAGGCAGUUGCCGGAGGUGCGCUCCUGUCAGGUGAGCACAGCCAACCCCGGCACUCUCCAGAGGCUGCUGCACUCCUUCGAACACUCUCUGCAGCUGCUCGUCGCGCAGGUGCGUCAGCUGCAGGAGAACGCAUCUCAGCUCCGUGCAAUCUACGCCGGUGAGAAAGCCGAUGCCAUCUUUGCCCGGGAGCAGGAAGUGAUGCAGGCGUGGAAGGAGCUGCUGGUGGCGUGCGAGGGAAGUCGUGUGCAGGUUACCACGGUAACAGAUAAAAUCCAGUUCUUCGCCUUGGUGCGUGAGCUCAGCAUGUGGACGGAUGGAAUCAUGGGACAGAUCGGCUCUUCUGAGGAGGCACGGGAUAUCUCAGCCCUGGAGAAUAUGAUCUCCCAACACCAGAAUCUGAAGAGUAAGAUGGAGAACAAGAGCAAGAGCUUCUUGCAGUGUGUGGAUAUGGGGAAGAUGCUGCUCGCUGCACACAACCCUGCAGCUGAGGAGGUGAAGGAAAAGUUGGAUUAUGUGAUGGCAAAGCAGAAAGAUCUGAAUGAUAAGUGGGAGCAGCACUGGGAGAAACUCCAGCGCAUGCAACAGAAGUUACAGUCUGCCCAGCCAAGUGCAGCUGAGCAGGUGUGGCUCACAUCCAAGGAGCCAAUCAGCAGUAGACAUGAGGUCGAGGGUGAUGAAGUGGAGCAGCUGAUACGCCGGCAUGAAGCAUUCAGGAAGGCAGCGGCUACGUGGAAGGAACACUUUAGCUCCUUACGGCAGGUCAGCGUGGCAGCGAGCUCUGCUCCAGUCUGAUCCAUCAAACAUCUUAUUCUCCAUCAAUACAGCCAUCGAAAUAUACAUUCUUGUCCUUGCAUUUAUACCUUGCAUUUAUAUCCAGUCCUUCAACAAAUCCAUCCCCUCUGCAUAU